AUGAUUUCUGCACAAUUCUUCAUCGCUAUCUUAGCUUCAUUGGCAUUUUCUGCCUUCGCAAAUCCUAUCACACCUUUCAAAUCUGAUAUGACUUAUGCUUUUAGUAAAGAUAUCGAUUGGUCUGAUGGUAAAAUCUAUGAUUCAAAAGGAAACGUAGCUAUCACCACUAAGAUGUGCGGUGGUGUGAUCACUUAUAUUGUCAAUAACACUGCCCAAGCUUUCUUCAAGACACCCCCUAGAAACUGUGAUAAGAACGUCGUGGCUCAAGAUGAGGAGAAAACUACCCUUACCUUACACUACCAAUCUAUCAAAUACACUUUAUACGCUUGGACAGUCACACGAGCUGAUGGAACCAAUUUCGAAUGGUUACCGUUUAGCCCAAGUACCACAGGUAUCAAUAGUGUUGAAGGAUCGGUCUCACUCUAUGGUCAACCUAAGAAAGAAAGUAGUCGAAUCUUUAUGUGGAAACCGGAUGGUUUCCCUCAAGGUGUAAUUCCUGGUGACGCAUACUCUUUCAAUGUUGAAGCACCAGGAGCUGACCGUAUCUCACUCUGGGAAACCCUUGAAUUACUUUACUUGCUUGUUGCUCGUAACAGAGAUUGCCCAUACGCUGUUUAAGGAUCAAUAAUUUGAAUGUCAUUUGAUUUCGUAUUUUCUACAUCCAUAUUCUUUUGUUUUCAUUCUAAAUAGACGCGUUUAGAAAGAUUGAAGAAUAUCUACCAAGAAAUAUAUAUCACGAUUUUUGU